UGAUUAAUUGAACCAACACUUACAAUUUCAAUGACAAAUUUAUCGAUUUACUCUUGAAAUAUAGAUAUACCAAAAAUGGAAAAGCUUGGAAGAAUAAAAAUAUAUAUAUCACAGUUCGGAACAUUUGCUUUGCUCAUCCUCAACUCAACUAAUUUCACUAUUUGUGCUGCAUUGUUCUCAAGUCGAGGGAGAUAGCAAUUUCAAUUCAUGGCUGUUGUAAAAACCUCCCACAUACCCAACGACCUUGCUCUCUCUAUAUUGUCCAAAUUGUCUAUUAAAUCCCUCAAUCGAUUCACAUGUGUUCAAAAAUCAUGGUCUCUUUUAUUCCAAAACCCUGAUUUCAUGAACAUGUUCCGCACCAAUUUCAUAUCCAACCAUGAUGAGGACGAAGACAACAUGACGUGUCUCCUCCUAAAGGAAAGGACACGGACGAUUGCCUUUGGCAAUCACAACACGAUGUACACGCUUUCUAGUGAUAAGUUUGAGGAUAUGGUAAGAUUAGACUGGCCAUCUCCUUUUCAAGAGAAUGAUUCACAUAUUGAAAUUUUGGGUUCUGCUAGUGUUAAUGGCAUUCUUUGUCUCCACCAAGAAGGUACUGACAAUGACUCAACAACUAUAUUCUGGAACCCUGCUACCGGGGAGUUUAAGAUCAUUCCUCAUAGCCUUCAACCAUAUGAUGACAUUGAGUUUAAUCAUCGUCCUGAGGCAUUUGGUUAUGAUCGUGUUAGAGAUGACUAUAAGCUGAUUCGGUAUGCCCAAUAUCCUGAAGACUUUGAAGGUAAUUGGGUUUAUGUGCCUGAGAAGAAUAGCACUUUUUGGGAAUUUUGUGAUAUAUAUGGUGAUGAAAGUUUAUGGGAGGGACGAGUAGUAGAGAUGUAUGACCCUUUCUGGGAGAUAUAUAGUCUCAAAAGUAACUCUUGGAAGAAGCUCGAUGUGGUCGAUAUGCCUGUUCCUUGGCCAGGUAGGUCUCUCGUGAACUUGAAUGAAUUGAGUCAUUGGCUGGGGUUUGAAAGGAAUAUGUUAACUUUUGACUUUAGCAAUGAGAAAUUCUAUGCAACAAAUUUACCCUUAGAAUCAGAUACGAUAUAUAACUAUUGGAUCGAAUUUGAUCUUAUGGUGUUGAAUGGGUCUGCUGCUUUCAUAUGUAGCUAUGACGAAACUAAAUAUUUUCAUAUAUGGAUUUUGGGUGAACUUGGUGUUCAGGAAUCUUGGACUAAACUCUUCAUUGUCGGACCCUUAACUUAUAUUAGGCGUCCUAUUGGAUCAGGGAAGAGGAGUUAUUUAUUCUUCACUACAAAAGACAAUGAUCUAGUCCAGUUUGAUUUAAGUACCCAAAGAUUUGAGGAAAUAGAGAUUUAUGUGCCACAGGUCAUAACCUACAAGGAAAUUCUUCUUCCAAUUGAAGGAAUGAAUAAUUAAGUUUUUGUAGUCCCAAGAGAUUUAGGGAUAUGGUUAUUAGAUUUUGUAGUCCCAAUUGAAGGAAUGUUAUUUGGUAAUGUUUCAUUUGCGUAUGUAAUAUUUAUCUUCAAUGAAUAAACAACAAAUUCGUAUUCAAUUA